GUAUCGCGCCGCGGUCCAGGCCUUGAGGUAAUCUGCUGUGUAACGUUUAGAGGCCGGGCUUAGCAGUCAGACUACCGGGAAAAGAAAGGAGGAAAGCCGGAGCUGUGAGCAUGGAGUAUCUGAUCGGCAUCCAGGGCCGCGACUACGUGCUGGUAAUGGCGGAUACCGUGUGCGCCAACAGCAUCAUCAAGAUGAAGCACGAUGUAGACAAAAUGUUCAAGAUGAGUGAGAAGAUCCUUCUCUUGUGUGUGGGAGAGGCUGGGGACACAGUGCAGUUUGCAGAAUACAUUCAGAAGAAUGUACAACUAUACAAAAUGAGGAACGGCUAUGAAUUGUCUCCUACAGCAGCAGCAAACUUCACCCGUAGAAAUCUAGCUGACUAUCUGAGAAGCAGGACUCCUUACCAUGUUAACUUGCUGCUGGCUGGUUAUGACGAACAUGAUGGACCUUCCCUCUAUUAUAUGGAUUACCUAGCAGCUCUGGCAAAGGCACCUUUUGCAGCUCACGGCUAUGGAGCCUACCUCACCCUCAGCAUCCUUGACCGCUACUAUAAGCCAGAUCUCACGCGGGAAGAGGCAGUAGAGCUUCUAAAGAAAUGUGUCGCAGAGCUCCAGAAGCGGUUUAUCCUGAGCCUUCCUUCGUUCACUGUGCGGGUCAUUGAUAAGGAUGGGAUCCAUGAUUUGGAGUCUAUUCCUGCAUCAAGUGUAUAAUCUUUCCCCGCCUGUUGCGUUCAUUUUUUACCUGUUGAUUUCUACCACUUUUGAAAACUUGUUUCAAAAAAUCUCCCAAUAAAGUGUGGGGCUGCAAAAAAAAA